UACUUCUUCCACGACUCCGGUCUCUGGUCUCCGGUCUCUGGUCUCCGGACUCCGGUCUCUGGUCUCCGGACUCCGGACUCCGGUCUCUGUCGGUGUGUACGUGGUCCCCCUGCAGGUCUGUGGAGGAUCGACCUGGUCCCGGUGUGAACAGGAAGUGUUGAGCAUGUGUCGGUCUGCAGUCAUGAAGUCUGUCGCGGUCCUGGUGCUCCUGUCCCUCAUCUGCUCCCGGACUGACGCAGUCCACAUGAGAGACCCGGACCAGAACUCUUCUGACCCCGCUGUGGGGCUGGACCGGCUGGAUCUGGUCCGCCGGGUGGAUCCGCGCUUUCUGUCCGUCACCAUCGAUGCCAGCCUGGCUGCGGAGGAGCGCUUCAUGUCCCUGCUGAGCUCUCCGAAGAUCAGGACGUUGGCUAAAGCUUUGGCUCCGGCGUUUUUGAGGUUUGGGGGAACCAAACAAGACUUCAUGGUGUUCAGUCCUCAGAGGCCUCGAUCGGACUCCGGUUUCAGUACAGAACAAUCCUGUGAUACGCUGGAGUUGCCGUUGUGGCUGGAGAAGAGGCUGAAGAACGACUGGACUCAACAACAAGUGAUCCUGAUGAGAGAAGAUCUGCAGAGGAAGUACAAAAGAGUAAAGUUCACAGAGUACACUGUCGACCUGCUGCACUCCCUCACCAACUGUUCGGGGAUGGAUCUGAUCUUCGGGCUCAACGCUCUGCUCAGAACGGCUGAUAACACCUGGAACAGCAGCAACGCCCGCUUACUGCUGCAGUACUGCGAGUCCAGACAGUACAGGAUGUCCUGGGAGCUCGGCAACGAGCCCAACAGCUAUGAGAAGAAGGCGGGAAUUCGAGUGGACGGAUAUCAGCUCGGACAGGACUUCACCCGUCUCAGAGAGAUGAUGUCAGAGUCCACACUGUACCACGGCGCCGGGCUGUACGGGCCGGACGUCGGGCAGCCACGGGACCACCGGACAGACAUCCUGGAGGGGUUCCUGCAGACCGGAGCUGAGGCAGUGGACGCUGUCACCUGGCACCACUACUACGUGAACGGCAGAGACACGUCCGUGGAGGACUUUCUAGACCCCGAGGUUCUGGACACUCUGGCCUUAAAGACCCAUGAAGUCCUGGAGAGAGUGAAGCUGGUGUCUCCUGGGAAGUCGGUGUGGUUGGGAGAGACGAGCUCAGCGUACGGAGGAGGAGCCGUGGGACUGUCGGACACAUUCGUGGCUGGAUUCAUGUGGUUGGAUAAACUGGGCCUGGCAGCCAGACUGGGGCUGGAUGUGGUGAUGCGGCAGGUGUUUAUUGGUUCUGGGAGUUAUCACCUGGUCGACGACAACCUGGAUCCUCUUCCUGACUACUGGCUGUCCGUUCUCUAUAAGCGGCUGGUUGGACCGGAGGUUUUGAGCGCCGCGGCGUUUCCCAGUGUUGGUGGCAGUAAGAGAGUGAGGCUGUAUCUGCACUGCGCCCACAGACAGAGUUACAGACGCGGCGCCGUCACGUUGAUGUCUAUGAACCUGAGCAGGAAGCCGGCCAGGAUCUCGGUUCCCGGUCUCAGCUCCUCCGGCACAGUGGAGGCUUUUGUUCUGCAGUCAGAUCAGCCGGGGGAGGAGGGGCUCUACUCCAGGUCUGUGAAACUGAACGGAGAGCUGUUGAAGAUGGUGGAUGAUAAAACUCUUCCGGAUCUAAAAGGAAGCCGACUUCCUCCGGCUCAACAUCUGCAGCUUCCUGCGUACUCGCUGGCCUUCUUCGUCCUCACCGACGCUCGAGCUGCGGCCUGCGCCUGACCCGAGAGACCUCAACGCUUCAGAGGACGGACUGAAGUCAGUGAAUCUCUACAGAAGAGUUUCUUUCUGGAUGCUGGAUGUCGUAUUUAUAGAAAACAUUGUGUGCGGUGCUAAUAAAGUUUAUUCUAAUUCAGGUGAACAAAGAUGGUGGACGAGGUUUCUGAAGCUCAGUGAGGUCACUCUGGCUGUCGCCAUCUUGGCAGUCCUCCACGCUCAGCUCCAUGGUGGAGCUAAGUAGCUAGCUAAUCUACAUUAAUUGUUAAAUCGGAUAGAUAAUUUUUAAAGUAAUCAUCAGCAAACAGUAAACAGUAAGUAACAGUAAACUGAUGGGAACGUGAUUAGUUCUGCAGAUAUCAGAUGAUCAAUAGUUAUUACAGUUCCUCCUGACGGGAACAUGAAUGUUAAAAUAACUGAAAAUGAAUAAAUUUGAGUCAGUUUUCAUGUUUUUAUUUGAACUUAAAGACAAACUUUAAUGUUUCUCAACCAAACUGCAGCAGAUUAUAUUUUCGGGCUCUUUAUUCUUCCUGUUCCUCUCCGUGAGUGAUGAUGUAACACAGAGAUUUGUAGUCCAGGUUUCCUGCAGCGUCGAUAUUGGACGACUGGAACAUCUGUUUCACCUGCAGCCACACAGAUCAAUAAUAAUCAACCAAUCAGGAAUCAGCGUUUGUUCUGGUUCCAAUUAUUGAUCCUAAAAGUAUAUUUUAACAGCAGUCGGAUGUAACUAAGUACUCAGUUCUGUAGUUAAGUAAAAUUUAAGGUACUUUUCUGCUCCACUACAUCUCAGAGGGAAAUAUUUUUACUCCUCUACAUUUAUUUAAGUUACUACUAUAAGUUACUGCAGAUUCAGAUUACUAAUACAAAAUGUAAUCAAUAACUUAAAUAUGACGCAUUAUUAUGGAUUAAGAUCAAACUUUAUUGAUGCCAGGGGAAGUUCACAAGCUACCCGACAGAUAAAGUAUAUAAAGAAAUUAAAGAUCAGCUCCACCUUCACACAUUAAUGCAGCAGUCCAACAAUAUAUAUUAUUCUGUAUAAUAAGUAACUGAGUACUUUCAUUUUCAGUAUUUUAAGUAUAUUUUGAUUCCAGUACUUUGGUACUUUUACUUGUAACAGAGUAUUUCUACACUGUGGUACUUUAACAUGUUUUUAAUUCAAAUAAACAAUUUCCUACAAA